AUGGCAGUAGGCAACAGUUUGUUUUAUCAUGCUAUAACUCUGUACGAUCCUUACCCUUACUGUACUGGGAUAGCUGCUACAGUAGUAGGUGUUACUGGAUACAUGCAGUUCAUUCCACAUGCAAGAGUUCCAGUCCUUCAAUAUGUGAGCAACCGCUUUGGCGUCUCCUGUGAUAUAUCAAUCAACAACUUUGCUGGUCGAAUUAAGUCCAAAAUCUUCUACUGGCUCAAUACUUUAGAUGAGCGGUUUGGUGAUAUGGUUACUGUCCCUCAUGACCUAGCUAACCAACAAGCCGCAAAGAUGUCCACAUAUGGGACACGUAACCAUAAUAAUAUUAAAUCUAUUUUUGCUAGACUAGGUAGGAACCAAAAUGAGCCUCGAUACUCUGAGACAUUGGAGCGACAUGGAUUUGCAAGAAACAGGAUAUGGACCCUGGUUGCGGAGCAUCCAUCACUGAAUCAUGAUGGUAACGGCAACAGAGUUUCUGUUGACCUUAUUAUACUAAAGCCAUCUGAACAUGAUCUCAAAGUGUUGGCCACAUUGUUAAGUGAGGGCUACAUGCCAAAUUUCUACUAA